AUGAACCUGCUACCAAUCAAGUUCCUGCUCAAGUUAUUUUAUUUCCCGCAGCCCCUCCACCUGCCGGGGCGGUGCUCCGCGCACCCCAGGCUUCCCUCCGGCGACCCCCCGCGGGCUGCAGCAAAAUACGGGGCGCUUCAGCGGGGCGGGGGCGGGCGGCUGCCGCGGAUCCGGCCGACUACAGCCGCAGCUUGGUGGCCUCCGAUUGGCCGCGACGCGGGCGGGGAAGCUCGGCGGCGGAGGGAGGCGGGGGCGGGCGCGAGGGCGGCGGCGGCGGCGGCGUCGGCGGGAGGGAUAGGAGAGGGGAGCGGGCCGCACAGCCAGGCAGCGCGUGCGGCGAGCGCGGGGAGAGCGGCGGCGGCUCGCCCAGCGGCGCAGGGCGAGGACCGGCAGGCGGGUGCCGGUGCGCAGGCAGUGAGGGCGGCUGCGGCGGCAGCUGCGCGGGACGGAGCGGCGGCGGGAGCGGCCGCGCCGGCCCCUCGCCUCACCCCCUUGCGGCCGAGGCCGGAGAACAGUCUACAACUCGCCGGGGGACUGGAGAAGAGGAGUCGAGAAGCGGCCCUCGGCCCCCACGCAGCGGAGGCGCGGGGCAGCGGGGCAGCUGCUCUUUGUGGGCGCAGCGCUUACGGCCCGGAGCGCCCUCCCCGCGGCGCUGUCCCCGGCGUCUUCAUCGCGCCGAGCGGCCCUGGAGCGGGGACUCGGAGGAAGCAAAACCGCGAGCCCGAAACCUCGCGCGGCGGAGCUCCUGGGGAGCGCCAUCCGCUCCACUUCCACCUCCGCAUCCUCCACCGGCCAAGGUCCCCGCCGCUGCAUCCCUCGGCUUCCGCUGCGCUCCGGGCCGUAGCCGAGCCGCCCGCGCUGCCACAGCGGCCGCCUCCGCACACGCUCACAGGCGCUCACACUCACACGCCUGCCGGCCCCGCUCCCCCGCCCCCUCCCCAGCUCCUUGAUCUCUGGGUCUGUUUUAUUACUCCUGGUGCGAGUCCCGCGGACUCCGCGGCCCGCUAUUUGUCAUCAGCUCGCUCUCCAUUGGCGGGGAGCGGAGAGCAGCGGAGAAGGGGGUGGGGAGGGGAGGGGAAGGGAAGGGGGUGGAAACUGCCUGGAGCCGUUUCGCCGCGCCGCUGUUGGUGCUGCCGCUGCCUCCUCCGCCGCCGCCGCCGCCUCCGGCUCCUCGCUCUGCCCCUCUCCGCCUCCAUGUGCCGGAUAGCGGGAGCGCCGCGGACCCUGCUGCCGCUGCUGGCGGCCUUGCUUCAGGCGUCUGUAGAGGCUUCUGGUGAAAUCGCAUUAUGCAAGACUGGAUUUCCUGAAGAUGUUUACAGUGCAGUCUUAUCAAAGGAUGUGCAUGAAGGACAGCCUCUUCUCAAUGAAUAUGUUAAACGAUAUCAGCAUCUUAAAGCUUGA